UAUAGCUUGAACUAUGCACUGUCUUCCUGCUAUCUAAUCCAAUACACAAAGGUGAUAACCAGUGCUCUUUGUUCUCCAGGCAAAUUCUUUCCUGCAUUCCCCGUGUGCUUCUGGAUCAAGUUUCAGUGAAGAAGAUGGCUUCCUCGUUGUGGCAAAUCCCCAGCGUCCCCACAUCGCUCCCUGGUUUACUCACAUUCUGCAUUAUUCUUUGUAUUUGCAAGGUGAAAUCAGCCCUGUUUACAGUAGUUGGACCUGAUCAACCAAUUACUGCCAUUAUGGGGGAAGAGAUCGUAUUGCCAUGCCACCUGUCCCCCAGCAUGAGCGCUAAGAACAUGGAAGUGAGGUGGUUCCGGUCUGAGUUUAAAAAUUAUGUGCAUCUGUACCGUGAUGGGAAAGAUCAAUUUGCACGACAGUUGUCAGAAUAUGAGAGAAGGACAGCAUUUUGGAAAGAUGGCAUCACAGAUGGAAAUGUUUCCCUGACAAUUCUCAAUAUCAGGCCUUCAGACGAAGGGCAAUACAAAUGCCUUGUUGAUGAUGGUAUUAUUUAUGAAGAAGCUGUAAUAGAAGUGAAGGUAGCAGCUUUAGGCUCUAAUCCUAUCAUCUCUGUGGAGGAUUACCAGAAUGGAGGGAUCCUGGUGAUGUGUCGAUCAGCUGGGUGGUACCCAGAGCCCCAAGUGCUGUGGAGAAAUGCCCAGCGGCAUCACAUACCAUCGCUUUCUGAAAGAAAAUCCCAAAAAGCAAAUGGCCUGUUUGAAACAAAAAUUUCUGCUGUCAUAAAGGAAGAUUCAAACCAGAACUUGUCCUGUUGCAUCAGAAACAGCCUCCUCGACCGAGAGAAGGAAUCAGCAAUUUAUAUAUCAGCUUUCUUUUUUCCAAGCAUGAAUCCCUGGAUGGUGGCACUGAGCGUGAUCCUGGUGGUGUUGUUCAGUUUCAUAAUCCUGACCACAUAUCUCUUCAGAAUAAAAGAGAAAAAGAAUGCAGAAAUCGAGAACAAGAAUGCAGAAAUUGGAGAUCUUCAACAAGCACUUGAGUGGAGAAGAGCUGUGGCGUGUCAAGAGGACGUGACUCUGGAUCCAGACACGGCUCAUCAUGAGCUCAUCCUGGCUGAGGAUGGGAAAAGUGUGAGACAGACAGACACACGGCAGGAUCUGCCCGACAAUCCUGAGAGAUUUGACUUGGCUCGUUGUGUGCUGGGCCAUGAGGGAUUCACCUCCGGGAGACACUGGUGGGAGGUGGAGGUGGGGAAGGGGGCAUCCUGGGCUGUGGGAGUGGCCAGAGAUUCUGUGAGGAGGAAGGGACUGAUCAGCUUUAGCCCUGAGGAGGGGGUCUGGGCUGUGUGGUGCUAUACUGGUGAGUACAUGGCUCUCACUGCCCCAGAUCCCACACCCCUGACCCUGGACCGGGCACCCAGCAGGGUUGGGGUCUGUCUGGACUGCACAUUGGGGCGGGUGUCGUUUCUCGAUGCUGACACUGAGGCUUCGAUUUUCACCUUCCCGCCGGCCUCGUUCGAGGGGGGCAGGAUCCGGGCCUGGUUCCUGGUCUGGGACGGUGAAAUGAAGUUUAGCCGGCGCCAGUGAGAGGGAAAGGAAAUGCACAGGACAGGACCUGUUCGUUGUCCCCUCCGGCCUCAGUCGUGCUCGUGUCUGUGACCCUGGAGGACUCCUCUCGCUGCAGACCAUCAGCUGUGCCGUGUCCGUGGCCCUGGACGCGCAGGCUGGGUUUCUUCAUCCCCUGACCACAGCAAGCAGGAUGUGGCUGAGCUGCAUGGUCAUCUCUGCCUGGGUGUCAUUUCCUGUAUGACCGAGGGGCCAGAGGAGGCCUGUGGGGUCUGGCACCCAUGGGUGCAGCUGCAGGGGAUCAGGGGAGGGGCGGCAAAGAGGAGGCAAUAAAACCCGGGGCUGGUUGUGUUGGGAAAUGCAGUUGAACCUGGCCCUGAUGUUCAUUGCAGCGCUGCUUGUCCAGAACCUCCAGUCCUGGGAAGUGGAGCCGCUGCAGCUGCAUAAAAAGUGAUUUGUGCAAAUUUUGGCCCUUUUCCCUCAUGCUGAUUAUUGGAAAGUCACCCCAAAGUGAUUAAUUAGACUCACG